GUCAAUCUUCCAUCUAUAUUAGAGGUGAUCUUUGACAAAACAAACUAUUAUGCAUUAACAAAAUUCUGGUUUCAACAAUUGGAAGCUUUAACAUUUUUUCAUCCCAGGUCUGAAAAGGUUAGACCAUGUUUCACGAAGAGAAAAAGGAAGGAAGCCCCAGAUUUGGAAAGCUUCAUUUUCCUGUUGGACUGUGGAUUAAUUCUCCAAAGAAGCAUUUUGCCAAAUUAGGCCGGCGCUGGCCUAGUGUGGGUUCAAUCAAGUCAACCUCCUCAGACACAGCCAGCCGCAGCAAUGAGACUGUGGAAUUGCGCCAGCCAACUAAGAACAAAAACAACCGUCAUAAACGCCUGUCAAACAUUUUUCACCGCAGUACGAACAGUAUUGUUGGUAGUAUUAGUGCAGGUAGUGGAACAGGACGCUGGGGCAGCGAGAAGAAGUUGUCAGAGAUCAUUGACACUGUGCCUGAGGACCUGGUGGAGCUCUCUAGCCAAAAAAAUUUGCCAGGUAUUCUCAAGAUAUUUGGUGAUGACAUAUCUUCUGGAACGAACUACAAAAGUGUUUUGGCCACUCCACGUUCUACUGCAAGGGAGUUAGUUAGGGAGGCCCUGGAAAGAUAUGCUGUAGUUGAUUCAGACACAGAAACCUUUGUCCUGUGCGAUGUUGUGGGUCGAUUUGUGGGACAUGAAGGGGAAUGGAAGAUGGAAUACCUACGUAUAGUAGGGGACCAUGAACGCCCCCUGGUUCUGCAGGAAAUGUGGAAGCCUAAAGCUGGUUUCUCUCGUCGCUUUGAAAUUAGACGGAAGCAGGAAGUGGAGAAGAUGACAACAGCCGAAGAUAAAGAGACUGCAGGUAUCAAUGCUCAAGCUCGCAGGUUACAGAAGAGUCGGUCUCGAGCGGCCUCAGGUGGAAAUGCCCCAAUGAGGGACCGAGAAGAUAGCAUCUCGCUUCGCCGCAGUAUAAGUGAUAUCAAUCUGAACUCCAAGAAGCGCAGAGAAAGGAAAAGCAUUAAAAGCAUGGUAGCUAACGAUACAGAUGCUACACAGGAUGUAGAUCCAAGUCAAAAGGAUGGCAGUGUGGAGAUACAAAGCUUGUCCGAAAACACUCAUAAUGCUGACAGCGUAGACUAUGCUGCAGACAACUUAGAUUUCGAACGUCUGUCUCAAUGCUUGAUUCAGCCACCUGUACAGCACCCAUACUUUCUUCUUCUUCAAGGAUACAACAAAGAGCAGGACUUUGUUAUAUAUGUAAUGACCCGGAAGAAGCAUCUAUUUGGGAGAUCAGAAAAAUCUUCCAGGGACAAAGGACCUUAUGUUGACACUUUCCUUUCGGCUCCAGAUAUCCUUCCUCGUCACUGUUGUGUAUGGCAUUUGGAUUCCUCUGGACAGAAGAAUAUAGUCCGUGUAAGGCCUUACCGCGGGGCUCUUGUUAUACAUAAUGGAGUAGUACUACAAAGAGAAGCUGAACUUCAGACUGGAGAUUUGUUGGGACUUGGGGAACAUUUUUUGUUCAUGUAUAAAGAUCCUAGAGUGACCCAAGGCAAACCUGCCUGGCUUCCACAGUCCUGGUCAUCACCUGGACUGAGUGGGGCCUUUUCAUGCCAAAUGUGUGGGCGCACGCUACAAGAGAGACAAGAGGCCGUGCAAGCAUACAUAGAGAGUCGGGAUUUGAUGUUGCAGUACCGCUCACAGGAAGAGGAUGCUUUGUUGAAAGAAAUUAUUGAAAAAACUGGUAACCCUGGCAAUGAGUUUAAACUGUCUCCUGCCUACCUCUUCAGCCUCUGUAUUGAGCACUCAACUCGAGCCCUGGACCCUGGGCAUUUCCCCAAGUUAGUCAUGAAGAUUGCCACGCUCAUCAAGGAAGUAGUCUGGGAGAAGAUUAAAGAGAUUGGAGACAAGCAACCAGAAAAUCAGCAGGACAAAGCUUUUAUGAGUACUCUGGGCAUUGAAGAGGUUGCUACUGACCUUCGGCCUCUAAUGUUAUGGAUGGCAAACUCAAUGGAACUUCUCAAUUUUGUCCAAAGAAAAAUCCUAGACAUGGAAAAGGAAUGGGAAUCAGAAGGCACUUCCCAAGACGCUUUGCUCACAACUGAUCUAGAAGCAUGUGAGGAGUCGAUGGCCCUCCUUGAUGAAGUCAUUAUGUAUACAUUUCAACAGUGUGUGUAUUACCUAACAAAGACAUUGUAUGCAGCUCUUCCUGCUCUCCUAGAAAGCAAUCCUUUCACAGACCCCUCAAAUCUCUCAGAUGUUGGCGAGUUGAGCCGCAUGCCUGAAGGUACCCGUGGAACACUCGCCAUCUAUCAAGCCACAUUGGAUUUAACACGGGAGUGUGAAUUGCACGCCGAUCUUGUGUCUCAGACAUUUGGUUACCUCUUUUUUUUCUCUAAUGCCUCCCUCUUCAAUACUUUAAUGGAAAAGGGUAAUGGGGAGCCAUUUUACCAAUGGUCAAAGGCUGUUCAAAUCCGUACUAAUCUUGACUUGGUCCUUGAUUGGUUGCAAGGGAUUGGUCUGGGUGAUAUUGCAGCGGAAUUCUUCCGAAAAUUGUCUACCACUGUAAACUUGCUCUGCAUUCCUAAAACUAGUCUACUAAAGCUUUCUUGGGGUAGUCUUUGGAAUGAAUAUCCAGCAUUGAGUAGUGCUCAGCUCAAUCACUUGUUAAGAAACUAUCAUCUGGGAGUGGGGCGAUCACAUCCUGCUGCUUGGGACCCCCCAGAGGAGGAAAAAGAUGCAAUCGCAAACAACAUCUUCGAGAGCUUCACUGACCACCCUCCAUUGAUUUUGCCUUGUGACAACUUCCGCCUUCAACUCUCUGACCCGAUUGCAAAUGAUGCUUUUCACAAAAUACUUUGUCAGCUUCGACAUUUCGUCUGGGAUCUUGAGCAGAAAUCCUUGCCCGCUAACCAAAGAGCACCAUAUAGAAUGGACAGCAAAUAAUAGACCACCGUGAAUAAAAAAAAACAAAAACCUUCGGAAAACUCAGAGACUUUGUGAAGAUUCAAUGUAUGGUUUUGAUUCUUGUGCUUUGAGUGUGGAAGAAAGGGAUGUUGGCAAAAUAUUGAUUGUCUACUCGUAGAAUAAGAUAAGAAGCAGCAGGUAUAAGUAUGGAUGUGCUUUCUGUUCUUGAAAUAAGCCUCACACUGCGCUUGAACAGAUCACUAACAAACGUUACCACAAAGAGGCAGCUGGACGCAGUGUCUGAAGUCAACAAGUGCUUGAGUAUCUUUAAGUGGAUAUAUAACAUUUAGUGAAAUAAUCUACAGGACAUCCUGUUUUGUUUGUAUGUCUGGUCUAAACUCUAACUUACAGGAUCUUUGCUAUUUUAAGCAUGACAUCUCCUUGCUCAAAUAUUUUAAUGAAACCUCCAUUGCAAUAUAUUAUGUCAUUGUCAUAUUAUUGUGUUAUAUGACAUAAUAAAUAUCUUAUUUAAAACCUUA